AUGAGGAGUGGUACAAGGAGGGCGUGAGAGGACAGGUAAGUAGAUCUGCGAUGAUAAGGGAUGUGCUGCAGGGACGAUGGCAAUUUCUCACGCUACUAUGGCUUUGUUGCAACUUACAGCCCUGGGUCUCUAUGGCGUGGAACGAUGGCUCCUCUCCCGCUUCUGAGACGAGCAGUACAGGUGUGACUGGAGGUUUCGGCGCGAACACGACAUCACCUCCCAGUGGAAGCUCUGGUCAGGGCGACAAGAUCGACGCAAACGACGUGCUAGCCGAUUCUCCAAAGCUUCACAACGAGGAAGAUUUCCUCCUCGCAGGAGAGACGGACAUUGAUGCCUCUCUGUCGCUGACGGACGAUGGAAUGUCUUACCUCAGACCGUACUCUCGAGUGCACCUGGCGGCCAAGCUGGACAUCUUGGCUGCGCCCACAUUAGCCAUCUAUCAUGUCCCGUCCAGGAAGCUGAUUGAGAGGAACGUGAGGAUCAGAAGAAUGCAGGAGAACGAGAGACAGGAGACUUGGGAUCGAUGGCAGAGGGGAGAAGGAGCUGGAGGCAUUGGGUUCAUCGGUGAGUGGUGCCCUCCCAAGGUGAUCUGUCGUGGCCUGCAGCAAUUUCUGACCCUCCUUGAGAUUCUCCUCCGGACCGUCCCUGCAACAGAUGCCGUCUAUGCAAACAGGACGAUGCUGAUCGUUUCGGCAUUCUCUCUGCUCUAUUACAUCUUUGUCAAGAUCGGAGGAGAGGAAUACAAUGUGAGUGCGCGCAUGACCCGUAUCGUACAAUGAAGUGACCGCUGCGUGUGCUGAUAACGGUGGGCCACUGCUCCUCCCUCUCUAUUUUGAUUUCAGAUCCUGCGCAAGGUGAUGAUGGGGGAGCCCUUGUUCGGCCCGGCUAAGCCAGAGCUGUAAUGGAGUGGGAAUUGAGCAGAGA